AUGACUAUCAUAUUUAAAAUUGUUGUAAAGAGGCAAAUAGACGUAGGCCUCCAGCAGAAGUUAAGGCCAUUAAGGCCAUCGAAUGUUUUCCCAUCUUCUGCUGAACAAGCGAUAGAUCAAUCUCAUAAUAAUUUGAAUAUAAAAGAUAUAAAAGGACAUAUUUUGGAAUACGCUUGGGGAAGACCUCGACCUGUUGGACCCAAGUCUAAAAUGCAAGCUGAAACUUUUCAAAUAUUGUUCUUUCCCGCUUGA